UGAACAAAUCGGGUCAGACCUUUUCCAUUCAUUAUUUGCACUAAACCAGAAUUCGACCGAAUCGGUUCACGAGUCAUUGAUCUUUGAACUUUCUUGUGUUCAAAACUGCCUAAAGAGAAAUGUGGUCUGAUGGUAAGAGCCUUUGGACUGAACGGAGGAUUUGACUUAUGGACCUAAAUGUGAGUUACUUGACCAAACAUCCGUUAGAGCACACGUUCGAAGCACAGGACAAAAAAAGGCUGUCACAGCAUUCCACAAGCUCCGCUUGGCUCCCUCUUCCCUCCUGCUCCACCUUGGUCUGGCGUCGACCAUCCUGCGCCUCGGGACUCAACUCCUCUGGCUUCACCUCGUCCCUCCGGCAUUCUGACUCCAUCAGGCUCCUUCAUCCCCUCGGCUCCAUCUCAGUCCUCUGUCGCUCUUGCUCCACCGUGGCCUCCCGGAUCCACAUCUCCACAUUGGUCACCGGCCCCAUCGGCUCCGCCUAGGACCUCCGGAUCCUUCCCGUCGCCAUGGCUCUUCGUCUCUCCAUCUCUGCCUCAGGCUCCUCCACCACUUGCUCCGCUGCUGUUGGUCGGCCCCCUGGAGUCGGCGGCCAUUCUUCUUCCAUGGCUCCUCCCUCCAUCGGCUCCACCAUGGGUCGACAUCAUGGCUGUGGCCUGGGCCCAGCUGGACUCCUCCUGCUCCAAGUCCCUCCUGUCUGCUCCCUGGCUCCUUCUUCAAUUCUCUUCUCUGUGGACUUCCCUCCCAUUCUCCUCCCUGUUGUUCUAUGGUGCCAGUAAUUUCACAUCCCUUGACUUAUUUCGUUGUGUUCCCUGGAAUUAUUUCGCUGGUUUCCAUUACCAUGUGUUCCGUAUCCCAUGUUAAUUGUCUCAUUCUAUG